AAACUGUAACGGCCUUUUUCUCCGCUUUCAGGAGUUGCCUUAUCAGACUCCCCAGCUGGACUCUUAGCUUAUAUCCUGGAGAAGUUCUCCACCGGUACAGACUACCGCCUGGUUUCAUCAUCCGACGGUGGACUGACCAGACACUUCACCAAAGAGCAACUCAUAGACAACAUCAUGGUGUACUGGAGUACCCAGUCCAUUACUACUUCCAUGAGGUUAUAUGCGGAGACUCUUAACAAGAGGCAUUCUGCUCUUAAUUUAAACAAGAUCCCCACACCAGUACCAACAUGGGGUCUGCAAGCCAAGUAUGAGAUCCUGUACCAGCCCCCUUUCAUCCUUCGUUUCAAGUACCCUAACCUCCUGAACACCACUGUACUGGAGGAAGGAGGACACUUCUUAGCUCUUCAGCUGCCGCGCGUGUUCUCACAAGAUGUCCUCAAGGCGGUAGCGGCGUUCAGAGACUGGCACAAGAAGAACGCUAAAAGCGAAUUGUAACAUUCCAUUUAAGUAAUGAUUGUAAAGUAGUUGCUUAAGUAAAAUAUAAAUUCAUUUGCUAUUCAAUAACCACUUUUUACUAACAAUAUAUACCUAUGUAUUGUAGGAUGGACAGGAAACGAUCGACUUAAUCUUGACUGAUACAUCACUAAUUCACUGUAUUGUAUCUUAGACAUAUUAUCUAUAACCAUAGAAAAAUUUCAUCACAAAUUGAGGGAAAACAAUCUCAAAAUAAUUCAGAUUUAUAAUAUAUUUUUGUUAUAAAACACUUUUUUUGCCAACAGUACUAGUUGAAAAUCUAACAAAUAAAUUGAUAUCAAACUUUAUAUAAAUCGGGGGCAUACGCUACGGGGGCAAUCGAAAUCGGGGGCAUACGCUAUGGGGGCAAUCGAAAUCGGGGGCAUACGCUAUGUAGCCAGCUCAUGAACGUCACAACAGUGGCUGUCAUACUGUGACAGACUAGUCGUAAUUCGUAUCAUUAGGCGUAUUGAAGCUAUUCUUCUUCUUAUAUCGUGUGGGUUGUGAGGUGGAUUAUUUAUUUUUAGUUUGGUGCAAUAAAGUGUAUUUGUAUUGUA